AUGAGUGGUGGUUCCCCAUUUCCUAUCGUCGUACGGUUCUCCCUGUGUGAUCUUGCUGGUUCAGAAAGGUAUACCAAGACACACAACGAAGGUGAUAGGCUGAAAGAGAGUGGAAAUAUCAAUACGUCUCUCCUGACUCUAAACAAGUGUAUUAGUGCACUCAGGAUCAGUCAGCAGUCAAAGGUGCAGCAGCACAUACCGUUUCGGGAGAGUAAGUUGACGCACUUUCUUCAGGGAUUCUUCAGUGGAAAAGGGAAGAUACACAUGUUAGUAAACAUCAGCCAGUGUGCUUCAGCCUAUGAUGAAACGUUCAAUGUGCUGAGGUUCUCAGCUCUUGCACAAAAAGUUAUAGUAACGGAUGCAUCUGUUCCUCCUCGUGAUGAGUCAUUUGGCCAGAACUCAGCCAGUGGGUCAUCAACGCCUUGUUGCUCUAAAAUGACUGUCCCAAGGAGAAGCACUGGAUUUCUGUGGGACCGGACCCUAGAAGAUGUAGUGGAAGAUGAUGACUAUGAGAUGGAGCAAGAACAUAAGAAGUCAGGAGAAGAAACAGUGCUGAAAUAUGAAGAAAAUAAAGUCCUGGUAGGGAAAGAAGAAUAUUCAGUAAGUGCCCGGACUGCUUUAAGCAUUAGUGAAUCCCUGAGGCUUGUAACAACAUCCUUCUUUUCUUCCAUCUCCCUCCUCUUUGUUCUGAGCACCCUUUCUGUCCCUAAAUUCAAUGUUAAGAACUAA